AUGCAACUUUCUUAUAUUGCGUCCAACAUGAUCCGUGCUUCCGCUACGCUCCUGUUCGUCUCUGCUUUUGCCAUCGUGAGGCCCCUUUCGGUUUCCGCGCAGAUUAUCAGCUGUGUAAUCGCGGCUGCCCAAGAAACCCUCCAAAUCGACCAAGACUACACCGUAGAAUUCUUAGGCUGCACUGGCCACGGAGACAUCAAAUUGAGAUUUGGUCAGGCAGUAAACCUUGAGACUAGCGAUGAUGUUGCGUACGAGGACAUCGACUUUGACAACAGCAAGUAUAUCUUCACGCCCGAGGAGGCUGGUACGUCCAAUCUCUCGACUAUUAAUGUUUCGAAUGUCGAGACCUUCACCGGCUGGCUCACGGUUGUGAAGGAUAAGGGGCACUAG